AUGGCACGAGAACUGGCAGUGCUGAAUGCACUCGAUGUGGCCAAGACACAAUGGUACCACUUCACAGCAAUUGUGAUAGCUGGAAUGGGUUUCUUCACUGAUGCCUAUGAUCUCUUUUGCAUUUCCAUUGUCACCAAGUUGCUUGGGAGGAUAUAUUACCCAGAUAUUCAUAAUUCAAAGCCAGGAAAUCUUCCUGCUCCUAUUCAAGCUGCUGUGACUGGUGUUGCACUGUGUGGGACACUAGCAGGCCAACUAUUCUUUGGUUGGCUUGGUGACAAAAUGGGAAGAAAAAGGGUCUAUGGUUUAACCCUUAUGCUCAUGGUAGUGUGUUCAAUUGCCUCAGGACUCUCUUUUGGUAAAACUGCUAAAGGUGUCAUGGCCACACUAUGUUUCUUCAGGUUCUGGCUUGGUUUUGGAAUUGGUGGUGAUUACCCUCUUUCAGCUACAAUCAUGUCUGAAUAUGCCAACAAAAAGACUAGAGGGGCAUUUAUAGCUGCUGUUUUUGCUAUGCAAGGAUUUGGAAUCUUGGCUGGUGGAAUAUUUUCCUUGAUUGUCUCAGCUGCAUUUCAACACAAAUAUAGGCAUACUCUUGUUAAGUUUGAAACAAAUGCAGAAGCAUCCAUUGUACUACCUGCAUUUGAUUAUGUUUGGCGUAUCAUUUUAAUGUUUGGUGCAUUCCCAGCAGCACUUACCUAUUACUGGCGUAUGAAAAUGCCAGAAACAGCACGUUACACUGCACUUGUUGCUAGGAAUGCAAAACAAGCUGCCGCAGACAUGUCUAAGGUGUUAGAAGUUGAACUUCAAGCUGAAGAGGACAAGGUACGGAAAUUUACAGAGACUGAAAACCUGAAGUAUGGUUUGUUCACAAGGGAAUUUGCAAAACGACAUGGGCUUCAUUUACUGGGAACAACUACAACUUGGUUCUUGUUGGAUAUAGCAUUCUAUAGCCAGAAUCUUUUCCAAAAGGACAUUUUCACUGCAGUUGGUUGGAUCCCUCCAGCAAAACAAAUGAAUGCAAUCGAGGAGGUUUUUAAAAUUGCAAAAGCACAAACACUUAUAGCAUUAUUCAGUACUGUGCCAGGUUAUUGGUUCACAGUUGCAUUUAUUGAUAUCAUGGGUCGUUUUGCUAUCCAAUUGAUGGGUUUCUUCUUCAUGACUGUGUUCAUGUUUGCUCUGGCUAUACCAUAUUACCAUUGGAAAGCGCAUGACAAAUAUGGGUUUGUUAUUAUGUAUUCCUUGACUUUCUUCUUCUCUAAUUUUGGUCCAAAUGCUACCACAUUUGUUGUGCCAGCAGAGAUUUUCCCAGCGAGGCUAAGAUCUACUUGUCAUGGACUCUCAGCAGCUGCAGGAAAAGCAGGAGCAAUUGUGGGUGCAUUUGGGUUCUUAUAUGCUGCUCAAGGUACACAUGAGGCAGAGGUUGCUGGUACAGGGUACAACAAAGGUAUUGGGAUUAAGAACUCUCUCAUUAUGUUGGGUGUGGUCAACUGCUUAGGAAUGUUAUUCACCUUACUGGUUCCUGAACCAAACGGAAAAUCACUUGAGGAGUUGAGUGGAGAGAAUGAAGAUACUUCUGAUGGACUUGAGCUUGAAGGGUCUUCUAAGACUGGUCAUGUUUGA